AUGUCCUGCUGCCAGCCCUGCGACCCUUGCUGCCAGCCCUGCGGCCCCUGCCCACUGGCCAGCAGCUGCAAUGAGUGCUGUGUCAGGCAGUGCCAGAGCUCCCACGUUGUCAUUGAGCCGCCUGCUGUGCUGGUGACCCUGCCCGGCCCCAUCCUCAGCUCCUCCCCACAGAACACCGCCGUGGGAUCUUCCACCUCUGCUGCUGUUGGCAACAUCCUCAGCUGUGGCGGAGUGCCCAUCAGCUCUGGGGGCUUUGACAUCUCCUGCAUCACCAACUGCUAUGGUGGCAGCAGAUGCCGUCCCUGCUAAAUCUGCUGGCUAUGUCUUCCUGCAGGAACGUCCAGGACUUCAAAGCCUGGUUUUGGGCAGGAGAUAGAGCUUCAGAACGUUGUAUUUAGAGCUUUCGAACACCGCUUCCUUGUUUCACUCACCUCUUCUUUUCUGUCCCUCUCUCCCCAAGGCUAAUAUGGCCUUGUUGUCCUCCCUUCCUCUGCAGAGCAGUGCAAAGAAAAGCACAUGGGAGCUCCAUCUUACUGGCUGCUCCUGGUUCUCUCUGUCAGCCAUCACCUUUUCUCCUUUAAACUUAUUAAAAGCG